UUGUAAACAUUAUCAAUGUUAUACGUCAGUGUUUAUUCCAGUCACGAUUAGGUGGCGCAGUGCGAUGCCAGAAUGGCCCAGUGUUCUUCAGACGCUGAUGCAUCAUUCAAGUGUCCAGUUUGUCUGGAGUUAUUACAGUCGCCUGUCAGGAUAGCCUGUCCUUUUCAGCAUGUAUAUUGUGAGCGCUGUGCCAUAGGACUACAGCAUGUGCAUGUACCAACAUGUCCGCAGUGUCGGUCACCGUUUGACCCCACCCGCAUGGAAAAGGCAGUGGACAUUGAGAAUAACAUGAGAACAAACAGAGCCAACUGCCAGUGGUGUGGACAGCAGAUGGCAGUGUAUAAGCUGCGAGACCACAUGGAGAAGUGCACCAGUGCCGAUCACAGUAUUCCUCAGUUCCGGCCUGUCCGGGAGACAUCACAACCAGUACCCAGCAAUAUCCCCAAUAGAUCCACCUUCCAGUGCCCAUAUUGUGGGGAGAAGAACUUGGAAUUAUUAGCAUUGGUCAAACAUUGCAAUGAGCAACAUCGACACUGUCAGCAACAAGUUGUUUGUCCGGUGUGUGCAUCAAUGCCAUGGGGAGAUAAAUCACGCGUCAGUGCCAAUUUCUUGCAACAUCUCAACCUCAGACACAAGUUUGAAUAUGAUACUUAUGUCGACUACCAGCAUGACGAUGAGUCCAUGCUGCAGGAUGCAAUUCAGGCGUCACUACAGACCUUCUGACUCCACAACAAGCUGCUGGACCCUUGGUGCAGAACGACAGACUAUCUGAACAUCUUGGGAGAGUUUCUGUCUCAACAGCUGAUAGUUUGAACACCUUGCAGACAUUCUGACUCUGCUACAAGCUACUGGAGUCUCAGAAAUUCUGACUUUUGAACUCCCAUUUGAAAUCCCUGAAAGUGCUUCUGACUCUAAAUGAUAUUUUGAACAUCUUGCAGGAAAUUCUGACACUGGAACUGACUGCAUUUAUGAAAACACAACGCCAGAGGCGUACAUAAAGUAUGUGAUCUAGAUUACCAGUUGUCCGACUUCCAUUUGUGGCUGAGUCUGUUCUACUAUUCAUCCAGCAUCCAAUCAGCUUUUAAUCCUUACUGUGCAUUGGUUACAUGGAACUGACCGUGAACAUCCUGCAAUAUAAUUCUGAUCCUGCAACUGACAGUGAACAUCCUGGCACAAGUUCUGAUCCUGGAACUGACUGACUCUGUUGUCCAACCUGACUGUGCCCUGGAUGAAUGUGAUGUGUGUGUUGAGACCUGGCCUCAGUGGAUAUACAGUACUAUGUUCUGUUUCUGCCCGGACAGUGACCUCCCCUGACAAUGGAUACAGGGGAACCAACAACAGGUGAUGUUCCAAUUGCUCACAUACAGGUGAAAAAUGGAGUCAGUUAACUGUCUGAAGGAUUUAUUGGACAGUUAUCUGACGUUCAAAUACAUGGACCUGGACCUUGCUGCACCGUGUCAUCAGCCUCAUCCAAUUUAUGUUUCAUUAAAUGUGCUUGUAUUAAACCUUUAAUGACAACAACCAUAUUUAAAAUGAACUUCCUCAAUAAGAAGAUACAGGAGUACAGUAAAAAACAUUUUGUUUCCACUGAAAUCUCCAAACUAUGUAAAGUAUAUCACAGACUGAAUGACAUAAGUUAUAUAUUUUGUAAUCACUAUUUAUCAAACUUUCAAAUCAAUGCAAAUAUUACACUAAAAGUAUCAUUACUGGUAGUUACUGUUCCAUUUCAAUAUCAGAUUUCAAGGAACUAUAAGAGUUUAAUUAAAUCAUUAGUUUAUGAAGGUUUGUCACAAUCAUGUACUGAAUGUAUACCCAUAGAUCCUUUAUGUUCGGGUAACAUACAUUUAUGUCCAUG